AUGUAUUUAGGAAGGCAAAUAAAGAUUCAAUUAGAUGCACUAAAACCACUGAAAUUAACAUCAACCAAAUCGACAAUAACAUCGGCAAGAAAAUUAAGUGAGGGAGACCGAGUGCAAGCGCGAUACUACACAGCCAACAAAUCGAUUUGGAAAUUCGGUGUGGUAGCUAAGAAGCUAGGUAAUCUUCAUUAUAUAAUCAAGCUUGACAAUGGAUUUGUCUUCAAACGCCACAUAAACCAGCUCCGUUUAUCUAAUACGCCAAUUCCAAAGACUGUGGAAAAUUCACCUUCCGAUUCGCCUUCAAACAACACUCAACAAAUGGGUAUACCAUUUUUCCAGCAACCAGUAAUAAGCUCAUACGUACCACCAGAUGGAAGCGAAGUUCCUCCAGAUUUGGAAUGCACAGAUCCUACAACAUCAUCUUCAGCAUCGCCCUCAAGGAACGGACAACAUACCGAAGAGCUGUCAAACUCCAAUGAAGAGUCUGAAGUUGCAGACACCCCAAGUCGUCGAACAUCUGCAAGGCAACGUAGACCCCCCCAGUAUUUUGGCGAUUAUAUUCGACAUUAA